AUGACAACCCAAGAUAAGAUGGCUCAAUUGAUGCAGGGAGAUGUCACUAAUUGGCUGAACGACACGAGUGGUGCAUUCAACUACAGUGGGCUGGUAGCCAACAUGGAAGAGAAGGCGGGCAUGUUCUACGUCGGAUAUCCGAUAUCCUAUGAAUGGUUGACAGAGAACAUCAAGCGAGGCCAAGAUUAUCUGCUGCAGAAUACCACACUUGGUAUUCCUGCUCUUGUGCAGUCAGAAGGUCUUCAUGGCUUCUUGAUUGGUAAUGCUACCAUUUUCAAUUCACCCAUUGGCAUUGGAAGCUCUUGGAACCCUGCUCUUGUUAAAAAAAUGGGAGAAGUCAUUGGUACAGAAGCUCGAGCUCUGGGCGCAAAUCAGCUUUUCGCGCCUGAGGCCGAUCUGGCUCGUGAGCUUCGAUAUGGACGUGUCGAGGAAACCUUCUCAGAAGAUUCGUUCCUGGCAGGUGAAAUUGCUUACAGCUAUAUCACUGGUAUUCAAAGCAAGAAUGUCUCGGGCAUGGUCAAGCAUUAUGCCGCCUAUAGUAACCCAGAGCAAGGGUUGAAUACUGGACCAGUCCACGGAGGUGAAAGAGAACUUCGCACAACAUGGCUGCCGUCAUACAAGCGCGCGAUUAUUGAUAGUGGUGCAUGGGCUGUGAUGACUGCGUACUCUUGCUACGAUGGAAUUCCUAUGGUUGCCAACUACCACACCAUCACCGAGAUCCUAAAAGAAGAAUGGGGAUAUGAUUAUUUCGUCAUGACCGAUGCUGGUGGCAGUGACAGACUUUGCUCUUACUUCAAGCUGUGCCAAAGUAGUCCCCUUGACAUGAACGCAGUUACCUUGCAGCUUAUGGAGGCCGGUGUUGACGUGGAAAUGGGUGGUGGCUCCUUUAACUUCCAAAAAAUCCCUUCACUGGUUGAAUCUGGAAAGCUUGAUAUCUCCAUUGUCAAUGCCGCUGUUACAAGACUGCUUCGCGUGAAGUUCGAAAUGGGUCUAUUCGAAAAUCCAUACACGGCGGUCAACUCAAGUGAAUGGGCCUCCUACGUCAACACAGCCGAGCACAAGCAAGUUGCCAGGGAUUUGGACAAGGAGUCGAUUGUUCUCUUGGAGAACCACAAUGAUGUUUUGCCCCUGAAGAAGUCAGGUAGCAUCGCCGUGCUUGGACCGAUGGCCCAUGGAUUCAUGAACUACGGUGACUACGUUGUCUACGAGAGCCAGUACCGAGGUGUUACUCCAUUAGAUGGCAUCAAAGCCGCAGUUGGCGAUAACGCGACAAUCAACUAUGCGCAAGGAUGUGAGCGUUGGAGCAGUGACGAAUCCGGCUUUGAUGAAGCUAUCGAAGCGGCAAAGAAGUCCGAUGUUGCCAUUGUCGUUGUGGGAACUUGGUCCCGCGACCAAGUUCAGCUCUGGGAAGGUCUAAACGCAACAACCGGAGAAGAUGUCGAUGAAGAUAACCUCGCUCUCGUCGGUGCCCAAGGGCCCCUCAUCAAAGCCAUCGCCGACACAGGCGUCCCGACCAUCGUCGUCCUUUCCAGCGGGAAACCCAUCACAGACGUCUGGCUCUCCAACAGCACCUCCGCUCUCCUCCAACAAUUCUACCCCUCCGAAGAAGGUGGUAACGCGCUCGCCGACGUGCUAUUCGGCGACUACAACCCCUCCGGCAAACUGUCCGUCAGCUUCCCGCAUUUCGUCGGUGAUCUCCCGGUCUACUACGACUACUUGAACUCCGGCCGCUCGAUCUGGAACUCUGGAACACAGUACGAGAACGGCACCAUUGAUUUCGGCCAUCAAUACGUUACCGGCACGCCCUUACCGUGGUACUCGUUCGGCUACGGGAAGAGUUAUUCGACAUUCGAGUAUGGCACUGUCAGUGUGGAUCAUAGUAGCGUUUCUGCGACCGCGACUAUUACUGUCAGUGUUGAUGUGACGAAUACGGAUACGACGCGCGAUGCGACUGAGGUUGUGCAGGUUUAUAUCUCGGAUGAGAUUGCUUCGGUUGUUGUGCCUAAUCGCCAGCUUAAGGGCUUCGAUAAGGUCCUUAUUCCGGCUGGGAAGACUACGACUGUUCGCAUUGCGAUUGAUGUUGCGGAUUUGGGACUGUGGAAUAAUAAGAUGAAAUAUGUUGUUGAGCCCGGUUUGUUUAGCGUGUUGGUGGGAAGCAGUUCUGAUGAUAUUAGGGGGAACACUACGUUCACAGUGGUUUGA